AGGCAACAUGAUUGAUUGACAGCUUGGUGGUGUUAGCUGCUCGCUAAAAUGUCGGACUGGGAGGCCGAUUAUGACGAGGACGGCGUCGCCGUUGAGAAGCCCGCGAACGCGGCUCCGGCUCCGGCUCCGUGGCAGUCCCCGCAAAACGCAUUUUACGGUGUGAAGGUUGGGACCAAGUUCGGCGCCGCCGGCGAGGUCGGCUUUUGGGGGGAUGGUGGAGGACGCGGGCCCACGCCGAGAACGGAUCAGUUCACCCGCAGAAUUGAGCGCGGAGCUCCGAGACCGCGAGCUUUUAUCGAUGAGGGUAUGAGGUCUUCCCCGUCCGUCACCAUCACCGUCGACAAUUCCCACAUUGGACGGAUUAUAGGUCGAGGAGGGUCCAAAAUUCGUGAAAUUGAAGAAAACAGUGGGGCAAGAAUCAAGAUCAACAAGGGGGUCUAUAAAGGCGAGGUUGCCAUCUUUGGGUCCUCUGUUUCCCAGCAGAAAGCCCAGGAGAUGAUUAAAGACCUGGUUGCAAAUGACAACUCCAGAUUUCACAAUGCUCCUGGCAGAGGAAGAGACUGCGGAGGUGGAACAAAUGAAAGAGACAAGAAGUCUGUGUGGUCUACUGCACAGUUACAGGCUGCGAAUGUUGCCCCAGCCCAUGCAACGAUAGACUGGGACACAAUCCGUGCAAACAUGCAUAAUUAUAAGGAGCUCAAGUGGAAAGACGUUCCACCAAUGAUAAAGAAGUUUUACAUCGAGGCAGAGAGUGUAUCCAAGCUCACAGUGGAGGAAGUCAGCAAGUGGCGCAAGGAAAAUAACGAUAUCUUUGUGGAUGACCUGAAAGAGGAAGGAGAGAAGCGCCCUGUUCCUAAACCCUGUCCCACCUUUUUGGAGGCGUUCGAACAUUAUCCUGACAUUAUGGAAAGCAUCAAGCAAGUUGGCUUUUCUAAACCAACCCCCAUCCAGUCUCAGGCUUGGCCAGUGCUGCUGAGUGGGGAGGAUCUCAUAGCCAUUGCUCAGACUGGAACAGGUAAAACCCUGGCAUACCUGCUGCCAGGGUUUAUCCACAUGGACGGGCAGCCUAUUCCUAGAGCUGAGCGGGGUGGUCCAGGCAUGUUGGUCUUGACUCCCACCAGAGAGCUGGCUCUGCAGAUCGAAAUGGAGUGCAACAAAUAUCGCUAUAAAGGCUACAAAAGUAUCUGCAUCUAUGGUGGAGGAGACAGGAGGGGCCAGAUCAACUUGGUGAAGCAAGGCGUGGACAUAGUGAUUGCUACACCUGGCCGACUCAAUGACCUGCAGAUGAACGAUCUCCUCAAUCUUCGAUCCAUCACCUACUUGGUUCUUGACGAGGCUGACCGCAUGCUUGAUAUGGGCUUUGAACCCCAGAUUAUGAAGAUUCUCAUUGAUAUUCGCCCAGAUCGUCAAACUGUCAUGACCAGCGCUACGUGGCCCCCUGGGGUGAGACGAUUGUCUAAAUCCUACCUGAAGGAUCCAAUGAUGGUUUAUGUGGGGACCCUGGACUUGAUGGCUGUUAACACAGUGCAGCAAAAGGUGCUGUUUGUCCACGAAGAAGAGAAAAAGUCCUACGUGUUUGACUUCAUCAGAAACAUGCUCCCUGAGGAUAAAGUGAUCGUCUUUGUCGGCAAAAAGCUUGUAGCUGAUGACCUGUCCAGUGACAUGUGUCUGCAGGGCUUGGCUGUGCAAAGUCUCCAUGGUGGUCAUGAGCAGUGUGACCGUGAAGUAGCUCUUAAAGACUUUAAGGACAGUCGAGUUCGUAUCCUGGUUGCCACAGAUCUGGCAUCUCGAGGGUUGGAUGUCCAUGAUGUCACACAUGUCUUUAACUAUGACUUCCCACGUAACAUUGAGGAGUAUGUUCAUCGCGUGGGCCGCACUGGCCGAGCAGGACGUUCAGGUGCUGCUGUUACACUAAUAACGAGGGAAAACUGGAGGAUGGCCCCUGAACUGAUUCCCAUCUUGGAGCGAUCAGGACAAGAGGUCCCAGUAGAGCUAAUACUGAUGGCUGAGAGAUAUGAAAAGCAUAAAAGAGAGAAGGAACUGAGCAAUCCGAGGGGCGGAUAUGGGCAAGGAGGGAGAAGAAGUGGUGGUGAAAGAGGAGGCAGGGAUCGAGGCCAGAACUGGGGCUUCUGAUCAGAGUCUUUAAGUGUCCAACGUUUCUAUCGAAUUCAUAUUUCAGAGUUUGUAAAACAAUAACUGAAUUUCAAGAGCGGUGUUUAUUUAAUCUGGCAUUAUUUAUAGUAUUUUGGCUCAUACACUUGCAGUAUGAACCCUGAAUCAAACACCCUACUGUUACAUCUUUUACUGUUUUCUUUUUUUUAUUAGUCGAUUGCAGCGAUGUUCUGUAUCACUUUGAGCAUUUUGUUAUAUAACCAUUGCCAGAUAAUUGGUUUAAUAAAUCUUUAUUACAGAGAAA